AUGGGGAACGUGUGGAGCUACUACGGCGACCGCGUUGCGUUCGAUAAGGCAGCGUGCUUGUCAUCGGGAGGAGCGUCACAUGGAUGCGCUCUCUUCUACACUUCGCUCAGACGGAGUGCUGCAAAAGUCGUGCUGCAACAAGAAGCAUCUGGGCUGACUUCGGGGCGUGAGGAAGUGCUCUUGACACUGGAAAACUGGGUCAGCGAGACGUCCAUUCUGUACGACCAGGAUGGAGAGUUUCCAGUGACUGUAGCCAUGCAACAAGAGCUCGUGUUUGACCCACAUAGUGGAGGUGCUACGAAGGACGACAGAGUUCCAUCCACACUUGAGGAAAAUAUCCUUAAAGGUUUGUGCUCCAACCCAUUAAGUACACCUGACAGCAUCUACAAAAUCAUGAUACAGCUCGGUAAACGUCUCGGAGGCGAUGAGUUUCUGCGUGCAGUGGGCAAAUAUCCGCGUGCGGUGCACUUGUUUGCCAGCCAACAACUCAUUGGACGCUCUGACGUAGCAAAUGCCUUCCAGAUGAAUGUGUUACGGGAAGAUUACAGUCAAGCCGCGGCGAUAGUGGGCAAGACCGCGUACGGAGAUAGCGUUCUUGACACAAAGCGCAAUCGACUCAAAGAAGCGUCGAAGCUCCUUCGAGUCUCUCUAAACACGUCUUUUCCUUCCAUCACGUCAGCGUGGUCACUAAGCGCAUCCGAGCUUCACAAGCAAUGCGUAGCUCGAUCAGUAGACUCAUUUAACCAAGUGAUGACGAAUGAGAUGCUUCAACUGCUCGAGACACAGCGAGCAAUGGAGCGCACCUUAGCGAUUCCCGCUGGUCUUUUAGUGGGUAGUUCUCUUGUGGAGACCAUCCAAAAGUUAGUGACGUUGCACCCGGUGCAUCGCCAAGCUUUGCUUGUGGCUGUAGAUUGUGCUGAGCAGUACACAGUCCCUCCUAGGCAAUUCUGGUGGACGUUGUUGCGUGUGCUAGCCCGAACGGAUCAAUGGGAAGCGCUGUUGGCUUUGGCAGGAGCAAACCGACCGCCCAUUGGAUACGUGCCAAUUGCUGAGGUGAUGCUGGACGACGGCAAACACGACCUAGCUCUGAAGUUGCUAGGUGCGAUUCAAGACACCGACGAACACGAACAAGUGUUGGCGCUACUAGCAGAAGACCAGGAUGGAAAAGGAGAAGAGCAGCAGUUUCAAGCUGACACAUUGUAA